CCAACGCCGGCUAUCCCUUCCCAGACCUGUUCAUCCCGGUGUUGCCACGGGAAUGGCAAGUAACUCCAACUCUGCGGGCUUCUCCAAAAAAAACAGCAGCAUUGAUUCUUUUCUUUAAAUGCACCUUGGAGAAGGAAGGGAAGGGCUGGGAGAUUUAAAAGGCAGGGAUUCCUGUCAUGCGCUACAGCAGAGCCUCCCGUAGCAACAGCAGAAGCAGCAGCAGCAGCACCGCGGCGGCGGCAGCAGCAGUGAGUCCUUUAGCGAGAGACUGCACCAUUUUCUUCCCACCCUGCAUAGAGGUGUGGUUGGAAGCGGCAAUAAACUACCCACCCCUAGCAGUUUCACAGAGGUGGCCUCUUCCUGGCUCCAGUCAGAAGACACAGACUGUCUGGAGGAGUCCCCCAAGACUGUUCCAAUUGGUGAUGUGUGUCUAAGGAAGGCUUUUGCAACUAGUAGGAUGCUUGUCUGCACUUGCGGCCACCCAACUGCUGAAGAGCUCCAAGUCUAGUGCUCCGCCUUCCCCUGGGACCAUUUCUGAGGGUGGGUGCACACCUAUGCCUCUGUGUGCGUGCAGGUGUGUGCGGCUGAGGGACUCCGCUUGGGAUCAGGGUACCCUGUAGUGAAUUAUGGGUGCUGCAGAGGCUGGAGCAAGAUUAUGACCGAGCUCGGGGGCGGAGUGGAUUAUUUUGUGAGUGUUCUGGCUGCCAGCCAUUGCUCUGGUGGGGAAAAUCACAUCUCCAUAUAGCUCUCAAAUCACCUGGAUUGUUGGGGAGUGGAAACUGAUCCUCUGCAACUGCUUCUGCUGAUUUCCCCUCCAAAAUGGCUCACGCUGCUGCUUCUAUUAAAAAAGUUCGAGAGGCUGAACUGGAUGAAAAGGAAAAAAAUCUGGAGAGAGAGAGAAAAAAACAACGGAAAAUCCCCAGAGACCGUAUGGAACGGAAAAGAAAGUCUGACAGCAAUGCAAGCUUCCUGCGUGCUGCCAGAGCAGGCAACCUGGACAAAGUCGUGGAGUAUCUGAAGGGGGGUAUCGACAUUAAUACCUGCAACCAGAAUGGACUCAACGCUCUCCAUCUGGCUGCCAAGGAGGGCCACGUGGGGCUGGUCCAGGAGCUGCUGGGACGAGGGUCCUCGGUGGAUUCUGCCACUAAGAAAGGAAAUACUGCUCUUCACAUUGCAUCUUUGGCUGGACAAGCAGAAGUUGUCAAAGUUCUUGUUAAGGAAGGAGCCAAUAUUAAUGCACAGUCUCAGAAUGGCUUCACUCCCUUAUACAUGGCGGCUCAGGAGAAUCACAUUGAUGUUGUAAAAUAUUUACUGGAAAAUGGAGCUAAUCAGAGCACUGCUACAGAGGAUGGCUUUACUCCUCUAGCUGUGGCCCUCCAGCAAGGACACAAUCAGGCGGUGGCCAUCCUCUUGGAGAAUGACACCAAAGGCAAAGUAAGGCUGCCAGCUCUGCACAUUGCAGCUAGGAAAGACGACACCAAAUCUGCGGCACUCCUGCUUCAGAAUGACCACAACGCUGACGUCCAAUCCAAGAUGAUGGUGAAUAGGACAACCGAGAGUGGUUUUACUCCUUUGCACAUAGCUGCACACUAUGGAAACGUCAAUGUGGCAACUCUUCUUCUAAACCGGGGAGCUGCUGUGGACUUCACAGCCAGGAAUGGAAUUACUCCUCUGCAUGUGGCUUCCAAAAGGGGAAACACAAACAUGGUGAAGCUCUUACUGGAUCGAGGUGGUCAGAUCGAUGCCAAAACUAGGGAUGGGUUGACACCACUUCACUGUGCUGCGCGAAGUGGGCAUGACCAAGUGGUAGAACUUCUGUUGGAACGAGGUGCUCCCUUGCUGGCAAGGACGAAGAAUGGGCUGUCUCCACUUCACAUGGCUGCACAGGGGGACCAUGUGGAAUGUGUGAAGCAUUUGCUACAGCACAAAGCACCUGUGGAUGAUGUCACUCUCGACUACCUGACGGCCCUCCACGUUGCUGCACACUGUGGCCACUACCGUGUAACCAAACUCCUUCUGGACAAGAGAGCCAACCCCAACGCCAGAGCCCUGAAUGGUUUUACUCCACUGCACAUUGCCUGCAAGAAAAACCGCAUCAAAGUCAUGGAACUGCUGGUGAAAUAUGGGGCUUCAAUCCAAGCUAUAACAGAGUCUGGCCUCACACCAAUACAUGUGGCUGCCUUCAUGGGCCACUUGAACAUUGUCCUCCUUCUGCUGCAGAACGGAGCCUCUCCAGAUGUCACUAACAUUCGUGGGGAGACGGCACUGCACAUGGCAGCCCGGGCAGGGCAGGUGGAAGUGGUCCGAUGCCUCCUGAGAAAUGGUGCCCUUGUCGAUGCCAGAGCCAGGGAGGAACAGACACCUUUACAUAUUGCUUCUCGCCUGGGUAAGACAGAAAUUGUCCAGCUGCUUCUGCAACAUAUGGCUCAUCCAGAUGCGGCCACUACCAAUGGGUACACGCCACUGCACAUCUCUGCCCGGGAAGGCCAGGUGGAUGUGGCAUCAGUCCUCUUGGAGGCAGGAGCAGUACACUCCUUAGCUACCAAGAAGGGUUUUACUCCCCUGCACGUAGCAGCCAAGUAUGGAAGCCUGGAUGUGGCAAAACUUCUCUUGCAACGUCGUGCUGCUGCAGAUUCUGCAGGGAAGAAUGGCCUUACCCCGCUCCAUGUUGCUGCUCACUAUGACAACCAGAAGGUGGCGCUGCUGUUACUGGAGAAGGGUGCUUCCCCUCAUGCCACUGCCAAGAAUGGCUACACCCCUUUACAUAUUGCUGCAAAGAAGAAUCAGAUGCAGAUAGCUUCCACACUCCUCAACUAUGGAGCAGAGACUAACAUUGUGACAAAGCAAGGAGUAACUCCACUCCAUCUGGCCUCACAGGAGGGGCACACGGAUAUGGUCACCUUACUUCUCGAAAAGGGAGCCAAUAUCCACAUGUCAACCAAGAGUGGACUCACCUCCUUACACCUUGCAGCUCAAGAAGACAAAGUAAAUGUUGCUGAAAUUCUCACCAAGCAUGGGGCUGACCAGGAUGCUCAUACAAAGCUUGGUUACACUCCUUUAAUUGUGGCCUGUCACUAUGGAAAUGUGAAAAUGGUCAACUUUCUCCUGAAGCAGGGAGCAAAUGUUAAUGCAAAAACCAAGAAUGGCUACACACCUUUGCACCAGGCUGCCCAGCAGGGUCACACGCACAUCAUUAAUGUCCUGCUACAGCAUGGAGCCAAGCCCAACGCCACCACUGCGAAUGGUAACACUGCCUUGGCGAUUGCUAAGCGUCUGGGCUACAUCUCCGUGGUCGACACCCUGAAGGUUGUGACCGAGGAGGUCACCACCACCACCACAACCAUCACAGAGAAACACAAGUUAAAUGUUCCUGAAACGAUGACCGAGGUUCUUGACGUUUCUGAUGAAGAAGGGGAUGACACCAUGACAGGUGAUGGGGGAGAAUACCUAAGGCCUGAGGACCUCAAAGAACUGGGUGAUGACUCCCUACCCAGCAGUCAAUUCCUGGACGGCAUGAAUUACCUGCGAUACAGCUUGGAGGGAGGACGAUCUGACAGUACCAUGCCCAGCCUUCGAUCCUUCAGUUCCGACAGGUCUCACACUCUGAGCCAUGCAUCCUACCUGAGGGACAGUGCCAUGAUUGACGACACAGUUGUGAUCCCCAGUCACCAGGUGUCAACCCUAGCCAAGGAGGCAGAAAGGAAUUCUUAUCGUCUAAGCUGGGGCACUGAGAAUUUAGACAACGUGGCUCUUUCUUCCAGCCCUAUUCAUUCAGGCCGCACCUCUCCAUGUCUUGAUCGUGACAACAGCAGCUUCCUGGUUAGUUUUAUGGUGGAUGCCCGAGGUGGCGCCAUGCGAGGAUGCAGACACAAUGGGCUCCGAAUCAUUAUCCCACCUCGGAAAUGUACUGCCCCAACACGAGUCACCUGCCGGCUGGUCAAACGCCACAGAUUGGCGACCAUGCCUCCAAUGGUGGAAGGAGAAGGCCUGGCCAGCCGCCUGAUCGAAGUCGGACCUUCUGGUGCUCAGUUCCUUGGUAAACUUCACCUGCCAACGGCUCCUCCCCCACUUAAUGAGGGAGAAAGUUUGGUCAGCCGCAUCCUUCAGCUGGGGCCUCCUGGAACCAAAUUCCUUGGGCCUGUGAUCGUGGAGAUCCCCCACUUUGCGGCCCUUCGAGGAAAGGAGAGGGAACUGGUGGUCCUGCGCAGUGAGAAUGGGGACAGCUGGAAAGAGCAUUUCUGUGAAUACACCGAAGAUGAACUGAAUGAAAUCCUUAACGGCAUGGAUGAAGUGCUGGAUAGCCCAGAAGACCUAGAGAAGAAGCGAAUCUGCCGCAUCAUCACACGUGACUUCCCCCAGUACUUUGCAGUGGUGUCUCGCAUCAAACAGGACAGCAACCUGAUUGGCCCAGAGGGAGGUGUGCUGAGCAGUACGGUGGUACCCCAGGUGCAGGCUGUCUUCCCAGAGGGAGCACUAACCAAGAGGAUCCGUGUAGGCCUACAGGCUCAACCUAUGCACAGUGAAUUGGUUAAGAAGAUCCUUGGCAACAAAGCUACCUUCAGCCCUAUAGUCACUUUGGAACCUAGAAGAAGAAAAUUCCACAAGCCAAUCACCAUGACCAUUCCUGUCCCCAAAGCUUCAAGUGAUGUCAUGCUGAAUGGUUUUGGGGGAGAUGCACCAACCUUAAGAUUGUUAUGCAGCAUAACAGGUGGAACCACCCCUGCGCAGUGGGAAGACAUUACAGGAACCACACCCCUAACAUUUGUCAAUGAAUGUGUUUCCUUUACAACUAAUGUGUCUGCCAGGUUCUGGCUGAUAGAUUGUCGACAGAUACAGGAAUCCGUUACCUUUGCAUCACAAGUGUACAGGGAAAUUAUCUGUGUACCUUACAUGGCCAAAUUUGUCGUGUUUGCCAAAUCACAUGACCCCAUUGAAGCCAGAUUGAGAUGUUUCUGCAUGACUGAUGAUAAAGUGGAUAAGACCCUUGAACAACAAGAAAACUUCGCUGAAGUGGCCAGAAGCAGGGAUGUGGAGGUAUUAGAAGGAAAGCCCAUCUACGUUGAUUGCUUCGGCAACCUGGUGCCAUUAACCAAGAGUGGCCAACACCACAUAUUCAGUUUUUUUGCCUUUAAAGAAAACAGACUUCCCCUCUUUGUCAAGGUACGCGAUACAACUCAGGAACCUUGCGGACGACUAUCAUUUAUGAAGGAGCCCAAAUCCACAAGAGGCCUGGUGCAUCAAGCUAUUUGUAACUUAAACAUCACCCUGCCGAUUUAUAUGAAGGAGUCAGAGUCAGACCAAGAGCAGGAGGAAGAGAUCGAUAUGACAUCUGAAAAAAAUGAUGAGACAGAAUCUACAGAAACAUCUGUCCUGAAAAGUCACCUGGUUAAUGAAGUUCCUGUCCUAGCCAGUCCGGACUUGCUCUCUGAAGUUUCUGAGAUGAAACAAGAUCUGAUCAAAAUGACCGCCAUCUUGACCACAGAUGUGUCUGAUAAGGCAGGUUCUAUUAAAGUGAAGGAGCUGGUGAAGGCUGCGGAGGAAGAGCCAGGAGAGCCCUUUGAAAUUGUGGAAAGAGUUAAAGAGGAUUUAGAGAAAGUGAAUGAAAUCUUGAGAAGCGGAACCUGCUCAAGAGAGGAAAGCAGUGUGCAGAGCUCUGCUCAGUCUGAGAAAGAACUAGUGGAGGAAGGAUGGGUUAUUGUCAGUGAUGAGGAAAUAGAAGAGGCCAGACAAAAAGCACCUUUAGAAAUCACUGAAUAUCCAUGUGUAGAAGUUAGACUAGAGAAAGAGACCAAAGCCCAAGUAGAGAAAGAUGCCACUGGGUUAGUGAACUACCUUGUUGAGGACCUCAAUUCCUAUGUGUCUCCUCAUGGAGAGAAGCCACAGACAGGUCACGAUGUGGCCAGGGAGAAAAGUGAGGCUCCAUCUGUUGGCAAAAGCUCGGAGAAAGAAGGGAAGGCUGCACCCCCCGAUGAGAAACAGGGCCUGCAGAAACCGCACAAACCAACCCUGGGAAUAAAGAAGCCUGUGAGAAGGAAAUUAAAAGAAAAGCAGAAACAGAAAGAGGAAAGCAUAAACGCAAGUGAAGACAAAUCAGAAGUUAAAAAAGGUAGUUCGGAAGAGUCACUAGAUGAAGAUGCAGGUCUGGCCCCAGAAUCUCUUCCCACUGUGAAGGCCACCUCUCCUCUGAUAGAAGAAACUCCCAUUGGUUCCAUUAAGGAUAAAGUAAAGGCCCUUCAGAAGCGAGUGGAAGAUGAACAGAAAGGUCGAAGCAAGUUGCCCAUCAGAGUCAAAGGCAAAGAGGAUGUGCCCAAGAAGACCACUCACAGGACGCAUCCAACUGCAUCGCCUUCUCUGAAGUCAGAGAGACAUGCCCCAGCGUCGCCCACCCCGAGAACAGACAGGCACUCUCCCCUGUCCUCUUCUGCGAAAAACGAAAGGCAUCCUCCAGUGUCACCAUCCAGCAAAACCGAGAAACACUCACCUGUGUCACCCUCAGCCAAAACUGAAAGACAUUCACCUGUGUUGUCAUCAGGUAAAACUGAGAAACACUCACCUGUAUCGCCCUCCACAAAAGCUGAAAGGCACUCGCCUGUGUCAUCCACAAAGACAGAAAGACACCCACCUGUUUCUCCUUCCACCAAAACAGACAAGCGUCCACCUGUGUCACCUUCCGGGAGAACCGAGAAACAUCCUCCAGUGUCACCUGGGAGAACGGAAAAACGCUUGCCCGUUUCACCCUCUGGAAGAACGGAGAAGCACCCACCUGUGUCAACCGCUGCGAAAACAGAGAAGCACCUCCCUGUGUCACCUUCUGGGAAAACAGAAAAGCAGCCCCCUGUGUCCCCCACCUCAAAAACAGAAAGAAUUGAGGAAACCAUGUCUGUUCGGGAGUUGAUGAAAGCUUUCCAGUCAGGUCAGGACCCAUCUAAACAUAAAACUGGACUCUUUGAACAUAAAUCAGCAAAACAGAAACCCUCCCAAGAGAAAGGCAAAGCUGCUCGAGUAGAAAAAGAAAAGGGACAGACAGCAACCCUGAAGGAAACACAGAGAACAGAGACUCAGACCAUCAAAAGAGGCCAGAGAUUCCUAGUCACAGGAGCUUCCGAAUCCAGGAGGGGGGUCCGGACUUCCUCGAUAGGAUUUAAGAAGGAGGAUGCAGUUGGAGAAAAGGAGAAAGCACCCAGUCCCAAAACACCUGAACCCGUUCACUCAGCUCCUGAAGAAGAAAGCCAUAGAGAGAGUGAAGUUCCCAAAGAAAAAAUGGUGGAUGAGCAGGGAGACAUGGACCUCCAGAUCAGCCCAGACAGGAAAACCUCCACUGACUUUUCUGAUGUCAUUAAGCAAGAAUUAGAAGACAAUGACAAAUACCAGCAAUUCCGGAUGAGUGAAGGGACCGAAAAGGCGCAGCUUCACUUAGACCAGGUCCUCACUAGCCCUUUCAAUACAACCUUUCCACUAGAUUACAUGAAGGAUGAAUUCCUUCCGGCUCUGUCUCUGCAGAGUGAUGCUUUGGAUGCCAGUUCUGAAAGCCUAAAACAGGAAGGGAUGGCAGGCUCUCCAUGUGGCAGCCUGAUGGAGGGGACCCCUCAGAUUAGUUCAGAAGAGAGCUAUAAGCAUGAGGGCCUAGCAGAGACCCCUGAGACAAGCCCAGAGAGCCUUUCUUUCUCACCAAAGAAAAGUGAGGAGCAGAUUGGGGAAACCAAGUUAGACACGCCCCCAGAAACACAUUCAGGAGAAGAACAUCACCCCACCAAAGACAUUACUGAUGGUUCUCAAGAGCAAGGUGCUGCAGUCACUGAGAGCUCAGAGCCCUCUACUGAGUGCUUUCAGAAGCUGACCACCCCAGAACCUUCCAAAGACAUAAGCCCCCAACCAGAAGGCAGCAGCAGUGUAUCGUUAGCAAAAGAAACACCCAAGGCAUUGACGGAUGAAGGUCAGCUUACACUUGAUAGUUCAGCUCACAAGACUCCAACUGAUGGUGAGGCUCGGGAAUCUCCAGAUGAGACAAAGUCCUCACCUCUGACUGAUGCAUCUGUAAAGACAGACACAGGAAUUGCAUCGAAGCCUCAGGGAGGCAUGAGAAGUCCCCAGGGGUUGGAACUUGCACUCCCUAGCCGUGAUAGUGAGGUCCUCAGCCCCAUGGCAGAUGAAUCAUUAGCAGUCAGCCACAAAGACUCUCUGGAAGCCAGCCCUGUUCUGGAAGAUAACUCCUCACACAAGACUCCCGAUUCUCUGGAGCCAAGUCCUCUGAAAGAAUCCCCCUGUCGGGACUCUCUCGAAAGCAGCCCCGUGGAACCAAAGAUGAAGGCAGGAAUUCUUCCAAGUCACUUUCCUCUUCCUUCAGCUGUCACCAAAACAGAACUCGUUACGGAAGUGGCCUCCAUGAGGUCCCGGCUGCUCCGAGACCCCGACGGCAGCGCUGAAGAUGACAGUCUUGAGCAGACGUCACUCAUGGAGAGCUCAGGGAAGAGCCCUCUUUCUCCUGACACCCCCAGCUCUGAAGAAGUUAGCUAUGAGGUCACACCCAAAGCUGCAGAUACAAGUACACCCAAACCAGCGGUGAUUCAUGAAUGUGCAGAGGAGGAUGACUCAGAAAACGGGGAGAAAAAGAGGUUCACACCCGAAGAGGAAAUGUUCAAAAUGGUAACCAAAAUUAAAAUGUUUGAUGAACUUGAACAAGAAGCCAAGCAGAAAAGGGACUACAAAAAAGAACCCAAACAAGAAGAAUCUUCCUCAUCCUCUGACCCAGAUGCAGACUGCUCAGCAGAUGUGGAUGAACCAAAACAGGUGGAUGAGCCAAAACAGGUGGAUGAGCCAAAACAGGUGGAUGAGCCAAAACAGGUGGAUGAGCCAAAACAGGUGGAUGAGCCAAAACAGAUGGAGAACAUGGCAGGUGAAAGCCAUGUCCCGGUGUUGGUGACUUCUGAGAGCAGAAAGGCUUCUUCCUCUUCAGACAGUGAACCUGAAUUGACGCAGCUGAAGAAAGGUGCUGACUCUGGCCUUUUACCAGAACCAGUUAUUCGAGUGCAGCCUCCUUCCCCACUCCCAUCCAGCAUAGACUCCAAUUCUAGUCCAGAAGAGGUGCAGUUCCAGCCUAUAGUUUCUAAACAAUAUACUUUCAAGAUGAAUGAAGAUACUCAGGAAGAGCCAGGUAACUCAGAAGAAGAAAAAGACUGUGAAUCCCCUUUAGCUGAUGACAGUCACCCUUUUUCCACGGAUGAUGCAGAUAGAACUUAUGAUGCAGAUAGAACUUAUGAUGAUCUAAGCAGAGACACUGAUCAGCCAAAAGUCUGUGACGGCCAUGGAUGUGAGGCUGUGAGUCCUACCUGCUCAACCACCCCUAUCUCUUCAGGUCUCCAGAAUUCUGCUGGUGAUGAUGUCGAUGAGCAGUUAGUCACCCACAAGGAAUCAUUCGCUCCCCAAGAUACUCAUGAAAAUGACCCAGGAGAAGAGCUUGAUGCUCCUGCUGUGGAAUCGCCACAGAGAGAAUGCCCCAGUGACAGCUAUUCUUCUUUGUCCCCUCUGCCUCAUUGUCCCGAAUCUGAAGGAAAGGAAUUAGAUGAUGAUCUAUCCUCCACAUCUUCCACAACAAAAGUGGAGGUCACAAAAACGGAUGAAACAUUGGAGAAUAUACCAAAGGACUAUUCUACUCAAGACUCAUCUAUUACCACUCAAACAGAUAGGUUUCCCAUGGACGUUCCAGUUUCUGACCUAGCUGAGACUGGUGAAAUCUACGAUCCCCAUGUCAUAAGCCCUUAUGAAAAUGUUCCUACCCAAUCUUUUUUCUCUAGUGAAGAAAGCAAAACCCAAACAGGCACAAGUCACACCUCAAGUGAUUACUCUUCUGAAGUAUACUCUGUGACUACAUCCUCUGUUGAAGAUGUAUUAGUAACGAGCUCCUCUAGUGCAACUGUUUCAAGCAAAGAAUCUAAUCUUGAGGGACAGCACCUAGAAAUCGAAUCUAGACAAGAAAGUACCUUGUGGGAAAUGCAAUCAGAUAGAGCCUCCUCUUUAGAGCCUGGUGUACCAAGUACACCAGCAGUCAUUAGUGAACAAAUAAGCAAAGUCAUCAUCACAAAAACUGAUGUGGAUUCUGAUUCCUGGAGUGAAAUUCGUGAAGAUGAUGAAGCCUUUGAAGCUCGAGUGAAAGAGGAAGAACAGAAGAUAUUUGGCCUGAUGGUGGACAGACAAUCUCAGGGUACUACCCCUGACACCACUCCUGCUAGGACCCCAACCGAAGAAGGGACCCCAACGAGUGAACAAAAUCCAUUUCUCUUUCAGGAAGGAAAAUUGUUUGAGAUGACCCGAAGUGGGGCCAUUGAUAUGACCAAAAGGUCCUAUGCGGAUGAAAGUUUUCACUUUUUCCAAAUUGGGCAAGAAUCUAGGGAUGACACUCUCUCUGAAGACAUGAAAGAAGGGGUCACUGGAGCUGAGCCCCAACAGCUGGAGUCAACAGCUGAGUCACUAGCACUUUCAGAAUCAAAGGAAACGGUGGACGAUGAAGGCGAAUUACUUCCAGAUGACUUGAGUGAGGAAGUAGAGGAAAUAUCUGCUUCAGAUACUCACCUUAACUCCCAAAUGGGAAUUUCAGUUUGCAUGGAACCAUCCACAAAAGAGGCCAUUGCUACAGGGGCUGAGGACCUCCCCACCAUGCAAAGGGGUGAUACACCUUCUCCGUCCAAUGUGAAGCAGACACCUUGCUCUGACUCUCCAGAACCAGUUGUACAAGUUCAGUUAGAUUUUUCCACAGUCACCAGGUCCGUAUAUUCAGAUCGGGAUGAUGAUUCUCCCGAUUCUUCCCCAGAGGAACAGAAAUCAGUGAUCGAAAUCCCAACUGCACCCAUGGAGAAUGUGCCUUCCACUGAAAGCAAAUCCAAAAUUCCUGUAAGGACUAUCCCCACUUCAAUCCCAGAGCCUCCAUCUGUAGAGGAUGAGAGUACAUUUUCUGAAGAUGUUCUAUCUAGUCUGGAUGAGGAAAGUAAGGAGGAUGAAGCAAAACCAAAGUCCAAAAUCCCCAUCAAAGCACCCAUCCAAAGAGUGGAGCAGUCGCUCUCACACCUAGGUGCAUCUCUUCAGCAGUCAGUUGCUCCUCAGGGACAGGAUGUGACAAGCAGAACCCCAGAUAACAGAAGCCAAUCCGAAUCUGAUGUUAGUCCAGAGGACUCAAAGACCAAAUGCCCAGUGAAGGCCAGAAGUGAUACUGAGACAGAAACAGAGAGCAGAGAGGGGGCAGAGGAGCUUGAGUUAGAAUCAGAAGAAGGGGCCACAGGACCAAAGAUAUUUGCAUCCCGUUUGCCAGUUAAGAGCAGAAGCACCACAUCAUCCUGCAGGGGGGGCAUGAGCCCCACAAAAGAAAGUAAGGAGCAUUUCUUUGACCUUUACAGAAACUCCAUAGAAUUCUUUGAGGAGAUUAGCGAUGAGGCUUCCAAAUUGGUGGAUAGACUUACACAGUCAGAAAGGGAGCAGGAAUUAGUUUCAGAUGAUGAAAGUAGUAGUGCCCUGGAAGUUUCAGUUAUUGAAAAUCUGCCACCUGUUGAGACCGAGCACUCAGUUCCUGAGGACAUCUUUGACACAAGGCCCAUUUGGGAUGAGUCCAUUGAGACUCUGAUUGAACGCAUCCCUGAUGAAAAUGGCCAUGACCAUGCUGAAGAUCCACAGGAUGAGCAGGAACGGAUUGAGGAGAGGCUGGCUUACAUUGCUGAUCAUCUUGGCUUCAGCUGGACAGAACUAGCAAGAGAAUUGGAUUUCACUGAAGAGCAAAUUCAUCAAAUUCGAAUUGAGAACCCCAACUCCCUUCAGGACCAGAGUCAUGCACUGUUGAAGUACUGGCUGGAAAGGGAUGGGAAACAUGCUACUGAUACCAACCUCAUUGAAUGUCUUACCAAGAUCAACCGAAUGGAUAUUGUUCACCUCAUGGAGACCAGCACAGAACCUCUCCAGGAGCGCAUCAGUCAUAGCUAUGCAGAGAUUGAGCAGACCAUUACACUGGACCAUAGUGAAGGUUUCUCAGUACUUCAAGAGGAGCUCUCCGCUGCCCAGCAUAAGCAGUCAGAGGAGCAAGCUCUUUCUAAAGAGAGCGAGUCCAGUGACCACCCUCCCAUCGUCUCUGAGGAAGACAUUUCUGUUGGUUAUUCCACGUUUCAGGAUUCCAUCCCUAAAACUGAAGGAGACAGUGCAACAACAGUACUUUCUCCCCAAACACACAAGGAACAAGUUCAACAAGAUUUCUCAGGGAAAAUGCAAGACCUGCCUGAAGAUAAGCAGGAAUACUUUGUGACCACCCCAGGUACAGAGGGGUCAGAGACUCACAAGGCCACGGCAGAGCCUGGCUCUCCCAGCAAGACUCCUGAGGAGAUUAGUACCCCUCCUGAGGAGGAGAGGCAGUACCUUCAGACCCCAACGUCCAGUGAGCGGGGAGGCUCUCCCAUUGUGCAAGAACCCGAAGAGCUCCCAGAGCCCAGGGAGGAGGGUUCCCCACGGAAGACCAGUCUGGUGAUAGUGGAGUCUGCUGAUGACCAGGCACAGACGGUGGAGAGACUCGAUGGAGAUGCAACUUUUGACAAGGAGCUAACAGAGGAAUUAGGUGAGCUGGAGGCCAGCUCUGAUGAGGAGGCGAUGGUAACUACCAGGGUUGUCCGCCGGCGAGUCAUUAUACAGGGAGAUGAUAUGCCUGACAUCCCUCCAGAAACAGUCACAGAAGAAGAAUACAUUGAUGAGCAUGGACACACCGUGGUGAAGAAGGUUACUAGGAAAAUCAUUAGGAGGUAUGUAUCCUCGGAUGGCACAGAGAAAGAAGAGAUUACAAUGCAGGGGAUGCCACAGGAACCUGUCACCAUCCAGGAAGGCGAUGGCUAUUCCAAAGUCAUAAAGCGUGUUGUAUUGAAGAGUGACAUCGAGCAGUCAGAGGUCACUUUGUCUGAACCCAGCAUUUUGUCCAGUGCCUCACAAUUUCAGGCUGAGCCAGUAGAAGGCCGUAGAGUCAGCAAAGUUAUUAAAACAACUAUGGUGCGUGGAGAAAGGAUGGAGAAACAUCUGGGGGAUUCUAGUUUAGCCACUGAUCUUCCUUCAGCCAAAGAUGACUUUGAAGAGGCUUUGAGUUACACAGGUAGCCACAUGAAAGUCCACUUUCCCAGUUUAGUAGAGAAUGAAAUCCUGAAAGAGGAUGGAUCAAUAAUUAAAAGGACAACCAUGAGUAAAGCCAGCACACAGAAGAGGGCUGUGGUGAAGGACCAGCAUGGAAAACGCAUAGACUUGGAGCACCUGGAGGAUGUACCUGAAGCAUUAGAGCAGGAUGACCUCCAGCGCGACCUCCAGCAACUCCUUCGGCAUUUCUGCAAGGAGGACUUGAAGCAAGAGGCCAAAUGAGGGGCUGCCCAAUUCUCACACCAGAAACCACACGUUCACUCAAUAUGCAACUUCCCAUUUCCUUAGAGGAGUGACCUAUCUGGCCUAAUUGAUGGGAUCCCCUGACAUUUCCACUGUUAGCAAACAUACAGCAUUUUGUUUUAGUUUUCCCCCAUCCUUUUCAACUAUAAGCUAAUUUGUGACCAAAGAUGGCAUCCUUCAUUCUGGAUGCUGUAUCCACUACUUUGUGUGUCUGUGCUAACCCGGGAACUGGCCACCUCCAUUGUUCUUGCUUCUGCCCAAGCUCCGUGAAAAUCCACCGCUCAGAAGAACUUCACCUAUAGACCUCUUCAAGUGACCACGCAGAGGAAUCCUUCCGAGGGAUAUCCAUGUACAAUGUAUAUAGCUGAAAUGCUCAGAUGAACACCAUAUUAAAAUUAAAACCACUGCCUAUCAUAACCACACUGGGCAUCAUGGAAUAAAAGGCCUCUAGAAAACGAACAAUGGUUAAUUGAGAUAUUGCUAACACAAUCGAAUGAUAAUCCAGUUCUACUUCAAAAGAAGCACUUCAGACCUAUCAUGUCCUUAGAACUUGCAGAAUAGCCAUUGCUCCUAGGUAAAGAUGGGUUAAUAAUCUUGAACUAUGCUAAGAAGUUAUGGCUGGUACUGGCCAGCAUACUUUGUGACUCUCCAACACCAUACUGAGGGAGGGGAAGGAGGGAGCAAAAAGGUGAAGAGAUUCAAACAAUGAGGUAUUCGGUUGCUAGAAGCUACAUCCCAUGGCCUUCUAGCAUCAUCAGGUCUUGUAGAUUUUGAACACGUUGGCAGGGUAUUUUAAAAGCUAUAACUACUGUAGUUUUCCAGUUUUCAUUGCUGCUUUAGCAAACCACGCUGUCUUACUGGUGGUACUUUCUUCUGGCCACUGCACUGUAGAUACUCCAUUACAAGAUUUACCCACUACACAAAAGAUUAAAACUCCUUCACCAUGUUGGAGUGGUUUCUUUUUUUCCAUUUUUUCCCUCCAGAUUUAUAUCUUCUCUAAUACCUGCAUGUGGCAUUGAAAAAAAAUCAAAACCACAGUCAAAAACCCCUCUUCUAAUCACAUUAUGGUUUUUCGUUCUUUUUGCCCUGAGUGAGCACUUUCCAUUGUCCAGCUAAGUCUGUUUUUCAGCUUGCAGACAAGAUUGAGAAAUCCUUUGAAAAUUUGGUUUGGGUUAAAAUUUUUCGGUUUAUUUAUUUGAAAUCCAAACUCCCUUGGAAACUCUUAAGUGCAUUUGUGCACUUUACUAUUUGUUUGUUUCAAAGAAGGGACUGUAACAACCUGAGUGAUUUCCAUGUCCUCUUUCUUAUUCCUCUAGUGGUUGAAGCUGUGUAGCAUUUUAACAUAUAUAUAUAUUCACAAAUAUAUUCAUAUAAACAGUAUACAUUUUGAAUCAGUUAUUUGUUAAAGAAAAGUAUAUUCAAUGAAGAUGAAAUUUAAAAAAAGAAAAAAAAAAGAGUCUAUCCUCCAGGGAUCCAGCUUUCUCCAAUUCUAUCUGGUCUUUUCCUGUUGUGCAAAAAAAAUGACUCAUUGCUCCGAAUGUCAAAAACAAAUGCGACAAACAAUGGCACUUCAUCAUUUAUAGUACGUUGCCAAAAGAGAAAAUUUCCUGGGAGGGAGGUUUCCCUUAAGCCAAAUCUCCUAAGCCUCAAAUACUAGCACUUUUUGGCAGUUGGAUAGGAAAUACAAGCAUUCUUUGGCAGCCAAAAGGAGAAAGGCCUGUGGCGAAACUUUUUGAGACACGCCAUGGCCUUCUUGUCAAAACCUUCACUGGAGCUCAAGAAAAGCAUUUCUGUUGUGUUAUUUGCAGUGCAGAUGGUGUCUGUGUAACAACAUAAUGGUUAAUCACCUUCUUUUGAUUUUGAUUUUUGCUGUGUUAUCAAAAAACUUGAAUACUGUGAGAAGAAGUGAAUUUUCAGUUGAUGAAUCAGCAUCUUGUUCCCAUGGUGAUAACACUAAUUGAAUAUAUCUAUGAGGGCAUGUAUUAGUUAAUGGAAAAAAAAAUACAACACUAACAAUACAUAGCUGCAAUGUUGUACAAUGGCUGAUUUAAUUAAAUAAAAUGUACAAGUGUUAAAUGUGG